AUGGCUAGAAAUAAAGCAUAUGCGGUAUUUAGGGGUAGAGCUCCCGGGGUUUAUCUUUCAUGGGAAGAUUGUGAAGUACAAGUGAUUGGUUUCCCUAGAGCUCUAUAUCGGGGUUUCAAAACUCAUUUCAAAGCCGAGAAAUCUUAUAGGUUUCGACCAAAUGGAUUUACUACAAUAAAGUCUCUAAGAUUGUCAAAACUAGCCGGGUUGUUCGAGUAUUUACGAAGGUCACUCGUUCUUUCCGUUCGAAACAAUAGGUGUGAAACAAUUAAUAAUAUAGUUUCGGACAUUACAUACAUAUAUAUUGCAAAAACAAUGUUGAGAAUAUUACCUAACGCGUUGUCUAAGUUCGGUAUGCUUAUAAGUGUCCGGAAAUAUCACACGAAGGGCUAUGGGGAAGGAGAUAGCAACAUGAAUGUGAAGAAAGCUGCGAGGAAGGCUAAGAAAGGUUUCGUUGUCACUAUUAGUGACAAUUCUGAAAAAUGA